CGAAAAAAAAAAGAAAAUUCACGCUUUUACCACCACCAUCUCCGGCGAUCCGGAGCAGGGGCGAUGGCGGCGCGGGGCUGAGCUCCAGCGGCUUCUCCGGCUCGGAGGCGCGGGUGCCCCCCCAGAGACAGUCUCCACCACUCUCUCUCUCUCUCUCUCUCUCUCUCUCUCUCUCCUACAGUUGGUGGCGCGCGAAUGGCUUGCCGCCUGCUUCUCCGCCGCUGCCUCUCAGCCGCGGCCGCCUCGUCGGCGGCGGCGCGGUUCGCCGUGAGGCACGCCCACGGGGAGCUUGAAGUGAGCGGAUGCAGCGCCCGCAUCCGCGAUCUCGGCCGCCUCGGCCGCGUGGGGGAGGCCAGGGAGGUGUUCGACGCGAUGCCGCGCCGGGACAUCAUCGCCUGGAACUCCAUGAUCUCUGCCUACUGCCACAACGGGAUGCCCGACGCCGCGAGGGACCUCUACGACGCCAUCUCCGGCGGGAACAUGCGCACGGGCGCCAUCCUCCUGUCGGGCUACGGCCGCCUCGGCCGCGUGCUCGAGGCUCGCAGGGUGUUCGAUGGAAUGCUCGAGCGGAACACCGUGGCGUGGAACGCCAUGAUCAGCUGCUAUGUCCAGAACGGGGAUAUCACUAUGGCACGAAGGCUGUUCGAUGCAAUGCCGAGCAGAGAUGUCUCAUCAUGGAACUCGAUGCUUACUGGGUAUUGCCACAGUCUACAGAUGGUGGAUGCAAGGAAUCUGUUUGAGAAAAUGCCAGAGCGCAAUUUGGUUUCGUGGACAGUAAUGAUUUCUGGGUACGGUCGAAUCGAGAACCAUGGGAAGGCUUGGGACAUCUUCUGUAAGAUGCACCGUGAAGGACUGCUACCAGACCAGUCCAAUUUUGCCUCUGCGCUCUCAGCAGUUAAGGGUCUUGGAAACCUUGAUGUUCUAGAGAGCCUCCGUGUUCUUGCCCUCAAGACAGGCUUUGAGAGGGAUGUGGUCAUCGGCACAGCAAUACUAAAUGUGUAUUCAAGGGACACGAGUGUGCUUGACACUGCAAUAAAAUUCUUUGAGAGUAUGAUUGAAAGGAAUGAGUACACAUGGUCAACCAUGAUUGCAGCUUUAUCUCAUGGAGGCCGAAUAGAUGCUGCUAUUGCUGUCUAUGAAAGAGACCCUGUAAAAUCAAUUGCUUGUCGGACUGCACUUAUCACAGGCCUUGCUCAAUGUGGUAGGAUUGAUGAUGCACGGAUUUUAUUUGAACAGAUUCCAGAACCUAUUGUUGUGUCCUGGAACGCCCUGAUUACUGGGUACAUGCAGAAUGGAAUGGUUAAUGAGGCAAAGGAGUUGUUUGAUAAGAUGCCUUUUCGGAACACAAUAUCUUGGGCUGGGAUGAUUGCGGGGUAUGCACAAAAUGGGAGAAGUGAAGAAGCUCUGGGUUUACUUCAAGAGCUCCAUAGGAGUGGGAUGUUGCCUAGCCUAUCUAGUUUGACUAGUAUCUUCUUUGCUUGUUCAAAUAUUGUGGCACUUGAGACAGGAACACAAGUGCAUUCCCUUGCAGUAAAGGUUGGUUGCCAGUUCAAUAGCUUUGCAUGUAAUGCACUCAUUACUAUGUAUGGCAAGUGCAGAAACAUGGAGUACGCAAGACAAGUAUUCAGCCGAAUGGUAACUAAGGAUAUUGUGUCAUGGAACUCUUUCCUUGCUGCACUUGUGCAGAAUGAUCUGUUGGAUGAGGCCAGAAACACAUUUGACAAUAUGCUCAGUCGGGACGAUGUUUCUUGGACUACCAUAAUAUCUGCGUAUGCACAUGCUGAGCAAUCCAAUGAGGCCAUGGGGGCUUUCAAAACAAUGUUUUGUGAACAUGAGUUACCCAACUCACCAAUUUUAACUAUACUUCUUGGUGUAUGUGGGAGUCUAGGUGCUUCUAAGAUUGGGCAGCAAAUCCACACUGUAGCUAUUAAACUUGGAAUGGAUUCAGAACUUAUAGUAGCCAAUGCUCUCAUAUCAAUGUAUUUCAAGUGUGGCUGUGCAGAUUCUCGUAGGAUUUUUGAUCUAAUGGAGGAGCGAGAUAUUUUUACAUGGAAUACCAUCAUUACGGGUUAUGCACAACAUGGGCUUGGAAGAGAAGCCAUCAAGAUGUAUCAACAUAUGGAAUCUGCUGGGGUGUUACCGAAUGAGGUUACCUUUGUGGGGCUUUUAAAUGCAUGCAGCCACGCUGGUUUGGUAGAUGAAGGAUGGAAGUUUUUCAAGUCAAUGAGCCAAGAUUAUGGACUAACUCCUCUGCCGGAACACUAUGCUUGCAUGGUUGACCUGCUUGGGCGAACAGGUGAUGUGCAAGGAGCGGAACAAUUUAUUUAUGAUAUGCCCAUUGAGCCAGAUACAGUGAUUUGGAGUGCUCUUCUUGGGGCAUGCAAGAUUCACAAGAAUGCAGAAAUUGGUAAAAGAGCUGCUGAGAAACUCUUCAGAAUUGAGCCAUCGAAUGCUGGCAACUAUGUUAUGUUGUCAAAUAUAUAUUCUUCCCUAGGGAUGUGGGGUGAAGUUGCAGAGGUACGAAAAAUUAUGAAGCAACAAGGUGUGAUAAAAGAGCCUGGUUGCAGCUGGACACAGAUAAAAGACAAAAUGCACUCCUUUGUCACUGGCGAUAAGCAGCAUGAGCAGAUUGAAGAGAUAGUUGCUACCCUCGAAGAACUGUACACUUUGUUAAAGGCUACAGGCUAUGUGCCUGACACAGAAUUUGUUCUCCAUGACAUUGAUGAAGAGCAGAAGGAGAGCUCCCUUUUGUACCACAGUGAGAAGCUUGCUGUUGCUUAUUGCCUUCUUGCUACACCUAAGGGCAUGCCUAUACAGAUACUGAAGAACCUUAGAAUAUGUGGUGACUGUCAUACUUUUAUCAAGUUUGUAUCUCAUGUCACCAAGAGACAAAUUGACAUUAGGGAUGGAAAUCGGUUCCAUCAUUUUAGGAACGGUAGCUGCUCCUGUGAAGAUUUUUGGUGAUAUAUUUUGACUUCAGAUGUGAUAUUGGCAUAUUGCCACUUCAGAUGUUUUUAUUGAGUUGUAGAAUACAGAGCAGAUUGCAUUUUGGGUGCAAUGUUCAAAUGGUGAACAGUUCGCCAUGAGCCCUGGUAUUCCUGCCAUUGCCAUUCUCCACGUCACAACAUGAAUCGACACCUGGUGAGUGCCUAACAUAUUUGGCUAUCUAGUUUGCUUUUCAGGUAGUGAAUCUCUCUUGAACAGACAACUUUUAAAUCAAGGUCCAAUGAAAUGUUAAUUUAUGUUGGCACUGUGAUGUUUUAGUCAACAGUUAAUGUACUAGCAGCUAUCUCUGCUACCUCUUACAGGUGGCUCAGAAGAACAGCCAGCUAAUAGCUCACCUUGUAUGAGAUAUACUCAUCAUAGGGUAGGAUAUUUGGUCACUAACUUUACUUGUUGAAAUACAUCAACCGACAAAAACAUUUGUUGGUGACUCUGAACCUUGUUCGGUCUAUUUUGAGUCAGAUGAAAUGAAAGCAUGCAUUGUAACUUCUGGAGACCUUUGCCUGGAGCCUAACACUCGUCAGAGUUUGUGGCUUUUCAGACAUGUACUACGCCAAUAGAUUCCUGGGAUACAGAUCUUCUCUCAUGACAUGUGACUACUAAUGAUAUAAGGGAUACACUGAGAUGGUUACGGUGAAAAAAAGAAAAAGAAAAUGUUGACAACAUUCAGGAUCGUAGAGUUAAUCAGUUGUACACCAUGUCAGAUCAGAGCUGUAGGAGAUUUGAACACGAGAUUGCAGAGUCAUAUGGUGCAGGCCAAUGAGUGGAUGAAGACCCCGACAAAUGAUAAGUAUGUUUCAGAAUUUCCUUUGUCAUUGAAGAUACUGAGUUGAUGUAGGUUGUCACAGCCUCACAGGGGAGUUGGUUUGUGAUAGUGUUGUAAUUUGUGAGCUGGUAUACCCAGCAUUUUCUUUUUGGUUUUGUAAGAUCACAAAACCUAUAUUUUGCUUCCAGUUAAGCAAGAGCAUGACUUUUAUUAAAAAAAAACAGAGAGAGAGAGGAAGCGAUGGAAGGGUGUUGACUGCGUGUGUUGGUACAUCCAGGUAUUAUAGACAAGUUUGCAUGCUUAGAAUUAGUUGAUAGGUGAGUUGUUAUAUAUAGGAUAAAAUUGCUGAGUUGACAAUUUUAAGCAGAUGCAUCAGUCCUGCGUUUGUUUAAAUGUUGUUGACAGUUGCGUGCACGGGAUGAAUGAAUUAGAAGCUUACUCAAAGGUUUGAUGUUUAA